AUGGUUGAACAACAAUCGGAUCCGGCCAAUUUUGCCGACUUCUCCUACUUUGAUCGCGUUCGUGAAUCAUCACUGGACCGAAAGGAUUCUCAAAACGGCUUAUUGUUCCGCCAGGCGGCUUUCUACGGACCGACACCGCCUCUUUUGGGAUUAGAUGGGAGCCCACCACCUGAUGAACCCAUUCCAACAUCAUCAAGGCAGUCACAACAUAAUAGCUGCCAUGAUGUACACGAUUGUUGUCGACCAACAACGACUGUCAUUGGAGGGCCCACCACGCAAGUAUACGUGAACUGCUAUCCGGGCAAACCACUCCGUUCCUCCCUCUAUCGACCUGCCGUCCCAAAGCAGUCAUCACAGGGCUAUUGCUCAAGACAAUCCUCACUUCUAAGAGAUUCUGACGGAGCGUCUGCCAUUACGGUUCGACAGGUGUCUCGUGGCUCUCGGAGCACCCUUCGCUCGGGUACCUCCUGCGAGCGUAAAGAGUCUUCGAUUGGUCAUCUACCGUACUCGCCCCGAAUUCCAUUGCUCCAUCCGCAGCGCAAAUUCUCAUCGGUUGACAACGGAUACGUGUCGAGGAAUUAUUACGAAUCCAUCGAUCGUUAUCUACCCUAUGAGCUGACGGCGAUGAACGAGAAACAUGUGAAUGGAGGCGUGCGUUUCGACGCGGAAACGGGCGGUGAGCCCAAGCAGCGAUCGGCAAGUACCGUACGAGUUAUCCGACGCCGUCAAAGUGGAUAUGGCAUCGCCAUUUCUAGUGAAUCGACGGCCAAGAUGCGAUGCCGGAUGCGGAAGUUGUUGUUUAUUCGCAGGAAUAAGAUUUGCGAUUUAUCGCUGAUAUUGGCAAUUGCGGGUCUGUUGCUGAUUGUUGUCGAUUCUGAAUUGACGGCGUUAAAAGCGGUGACAGGUGUUGACAAGACUCAUUGGGCAUCUCUACUACUCCGUGGUGCCGCCGUAAUGACUACACUAUCUCUAAUGGCCUGUCUCUGCAAUUAUCAUGCCAUCGAAGUAAAAAUUGCGCUGAUAGACUCGGGUGCGGAUGAUUGGAGGGUGGCAUUAAGUACGGAUCGAAUAUUGAAAUUGACGCUGGAAUUGGUUGUUUGUUCUAUAUGUCCUUUUCCAGGGACUGGUUCUGUUGCAUGGCCCUUCAUAUCACCCGAAACGAGAAAAGUAACGAUGAUACAGGUGCCAGUUGAUGUGCUACUGUCGGUGCCAAUGUUCUUGAGAAGCUACCUUCUAUGUCGUUUUAUGGUCCUCCACAGCAAACAGUUCCAAGACGCAGCUACCCGCUCUAUCGCCGCCCUGAACCGUAUUUCCAUGGAUUUCCGAUUUGUUAUAAAAACGAUGAUGUCCGAGCAUCCGCUUCGAGUUCUUAUUGUUUUCACCGUGACUUAUUGGGUGUGUAUGAGUUGGAUGUUUACGCAAUGCGAGCGAUAUGACGGGAAGCUGGAUACGGAGCAUUACUAUAUGAACUCAAUGUGGUUCAUCAUGGUUACGUUCAUGUCGAUCGGUUAUGGUGAUAUUGUUCCAAAUACGUAUUGUGGACGGACCUUGUCAAUUGCUACGGGGAUUGUGGGAGCUGGUGUCUCCUCAGCUCUCAUCGCCGUCAUCUCCCGUAAACUGGAAUUAUCUCGAGCUGAGAAACACGUCAACAACUUCAUGGCCGAUUCAAAAUUGACCAACCAGCGCAAAAACGCGGCAGCCUCCGUCCUCCAGGAAACGUGGUUUAUCCAUAAGUUCAAGAAAUCGACGAACAAGGGCGAUGAACUUCGACUCCGCCACCAUCAACGAAGAUUCCUACAUUCUAUCAACGAAUUUCGGCGUAUCAAAUGGGAUCAACGAAAACUGCAGGAGAAGGGGAACUCACUGCUUGAUGUCGGGAAACUGCAUGCGGAUAUGCAUGAGACACUUUGGGAAAUGCAUCGUACCCAGGACCAUUUUAUAACGCAGGUGGAUCUGCUGACGCAGAAGAUUGUGGAGCUGCAGAAUACGUUGUUGCUCCAGGGUGGGCGAAUCCCACCGCCAUUGCCUUCACAAGGGAGUACGGCUCACAGUACGCCGCAACCAAAUCUGAUACCACCGAGCUUCUCCCUCUCCCGCUUAAACGUGCCAGGCGGAAGCCAACUAAAUUCUCCAAGCGGUUCUUCCCAGGCCAUCGUACCCAGCCAAUCACUCACCAACACCGCCCCAUCCUCCUUCAGUAAUCAACCAUUCGCUGGACCAUGCGUAACCACCGAAACGCACCAAAUGACGUCCCCCAACCCACUAAACCCAGCAAGCUACUCGAGUUCUAAUGGCGCAGCUUUUCCCAAA